GGCGGGGCAAACCCGGGAAGGGGCGGGGUCGCUGCCGUGGCGCCAAAAGGCGAACAUGGCGCCGGAGCGGCUACGAAGCCGGGCGGUCUCUGCCUUUAAGCUGCGCGGCUUGCUGCUCCGGGGUGAAGCCAUUAAGUACCUCACAGAAGCUCUUGAAUCUAUCAGUGAAGUAGAGCUUGAAGAUGCACUGGAGAAGAUCAUCGAUGCAGUUGAAAAGCAACCGUUGUCAUCAAACAUGAUCGAACGGUCUGUGGUGGAAGCGGCGGUCCAGGAAUGCAGUCAGUCUGUAGACGAAACUAUAGAACAUAUUUUCAAUAUCAUAGGAGCAUUUGAUAUUCCACGCUUUGUGUACAGUUCAGAAAGAAAAAAAUUUCUUCCUCUAUUAAUGACCAACCACCCUGCACCAAAUUUAUUUGGAACAGCAAGAGAUAAAGCAGAGCUGUUUCAUGAACGAUAUACCAUUUUGCAUCAGAGGACCCACAGACAUGAAUUAUUUACUCCUCCAGUGAUAGGUUCUCACCCUGAUGAAACCGGAAGCAAAUUCCAGCUUAAAACAAUAGAAACCCUCUUGGGCAGUACAACCAAAAUUGGAGAUGUGAUUGUUCUUGGAAUGAUAACCCAAUUAAAAGAGGGAAAAUUUUUUCUGGAAGAUCCUACAGGAACAGUACAACUGGAUCUUAGUAAAGCUCAGUUCCACAGUGGCUUAUACACAGAGUCAUGCUUUGUCUUAGCAGAAGGUUGGUUUGAAGAUCAGGUGUUUCAUGUCAAUGCCUUCGGAUUUCCACCCACAGAACCCUCUAGUACUACGAGGGCAUACUAUGGAAAUAUUAAUUUUUUUGGAGGGCCUUCUAAUACGUCUGUGAAGACUUCUGCAAAACUUAAACAACUAGAAGAAGAGAAUAAAGAUGCCAUGUUUGUGUUUAUAUCUGAUGUUUGGUUAGACCAAGGAGAAGUGUUGGGCAAACUUCACACCAUGUUUUCUGGUUAUUCACCAGCACCUCCAACCUGCUUUAUUCUGUGUGGUAAUUUUUUAUCUGCACCAUAUGGAAAAAAUCAAGUUCAAGCUUUGAAAGAUUCCUUAAAAACUUUGGCAGACAUAAUAUGUGAAUAUCCAAAUAUCCACCAGAGUAGUCGUUUUGUGUUUGUACCUGGUCCAGAGGAUCCGGGAUUUGGUUCCAUCUUACCAAGGCCAUCACUUGCUGAAAGCAUCACUAAUGAAUUCAGACAAAGAGUGCCAUUUUCAGUUUUUACUACUAAUCCUUGCAGAAUUCAAUAUUGUACACAAGAAAUUAUUGUCUUUCGUGAAGACUUAGUGAAUAAAAUGUGCAGAAACUGUGUCCGUUUUCCUAGUAGCAAUUUGGAUAUUCCUAAUCAUUUUGUGAAGACUAUCUUAUCCCAAGGACACCUGACUCCUCUACCCCUUUAUGUCUGCCCAGUGUACUGGGCGUAUGACUAUGCUUUAAGAGUGUACCCUGUGCCUGAUCUCCUUGUCAUUGCAGACAAAUAUGAUCCUUUCACUCUGACCAAUACAGAAUGCCUCUGCAUAAACCCUGGCUCUUUUCCAAGAAGUGGAUUUUCAUUCAAAGUUUUUUAUCCGUCCAACAAGAUAGUAGAAGAUAGCAAACUUCAAGGUUUUUGAGAUUCUUAAAGAACAUCUGAAGAAAAAAUUCAUCAGUUUCUGCUUAAUUUUAUAUUUAUGUGAUUUUGAUAAGUUCCAGUAAAAUUAUGAUAAACUCUAGAAUGUUCUUAAAUUUGUAUUUUAUGAAAUUUUGGUAUUAAGUUAUAAUAAACAUGGUACACUCUACAAA